AUGGACAGUCUUUCUUCCACCACGAGCAACUCUCCUCCCCGGGCCUCGACUGCGCCCUCGUCCGAAUCCAAGCAGCCAACCUACACGACGGCUGGAACCAUCUACAACCCCAGCUCUGCCUUGCCGCUCCAACCUCCCACCCGCCGCGGCCGCUCCGCCAAGUGGACUCUGGGCAACCCUCACUCCGAGCUUUCUCUCCUCCCCAAGUCCAUCUUGGCUGGCCUGUCCUCAAAGGCCCUCGCCACAAACCCCAGUGGACGCCCGGCCUCGACCCUGCGGCAGUACACGCCCCUGCAGCAAAACUACGACCGUGCCAUCAGUCCCAUGAGCGAGCUCGAGCACGCCGCCAUCAACAUGCCCCUCCAGGCGCCCCGUAUGCGCUCCGGAAACCUCCCUGCCCCCGUCUCCUUCCUCGUCCCCGACAAGGACGCCGACCAGCAGGACAAGGGCAAAGCGACGCUCGCCCCCGACCAGCACGCCAACUUGAGCAAUGGCGCCGAACAAGACGAUGACGACGAUGACGACGAUGACGACGACGACGACGACGUCAGCAUGAAUUACCUGAAGAACAUGACGGUCAAAUCGCUCAACAAUCUGGCUUCGUAUCCGAACCCGACCCAGAAGAACGCUCAGAAGGCUCUUCUUGGUAAAAGGUCCAAGCUUGGCGGCCUCUCCUCGGCCGGUAACUUGGCGUCUCCCUUCUACUUUAUGCGCCAGCGGGCCGGCUCCUCCUCUGACAAGCCAAACAUCGACCUUUGCGGUAAGCGAAUGGAUCUGCUUCGUCCGGCCCAGAUGGAUGCUUCGGCAACGCUCGAUCACCAUUAUGCGCCGACACGUUUGCUUCCCAUGGUCCGAUCCCCCAGCUCAGUCUCGAGCGUUGAAGGCGACAUGGCACCGGCACCGACCACACUUGCUACCGGACCGGGAGCCCCUAGGCCCUUGACUGCUGGACCGCCAGGUCAACGCCAGUACCGUCCCUCGACUUUCGAGUCCACUUUUAAGGCUCUCCAGUCCAAGCACCAGGGGAAUGGACUCUCCAAGGAAGAUGCCGAGGGCUUCGCCAUCGCCCACCAGACACUGGCGCAGGCGGGCAUCGAGGACAUCUCCAGCCUUGGCAUGGAUUCUCUCGAGCCGCCCGCCGGCGACCCGUCCUCGGAUGAAGACGAGUACUACGACAUCACGACCCUUGUGAGGAGUUCCACGGCAGAGGAAGAUGGCCCCCGUCGCCCCCGUGUUUUGCCCGUCAGCGAGAUUGCGCCCGGGCCACCUCAGGACUUAUCGCUAGACAUGUCCUUGGCUUACUGGCGAAAUCCGUCGUCUGCUAAUCGUGCACGAUACGUCCCAGGCACCGCUCGCUUGACGGAACAGAUGAUCAAGACCCGGAACGAGAGGAUUGCAAAAGACUGGUUCGCAGCCUCGGACCUGAUGGGAAUGGAGCACGACGAAGUGUCGCGGGAAUCCAACUACCGUAACCUGCAGUACUCGUAUGGCGCGAUUGGUGACGGGCGACGUAAGAAACCAAAGGUUGACUAUGUCCCCAUUGACGUUGCCGAGGCCGGCCGCACUCCUGUGUCGGAGCACAUGAAGCCUCUCCUCAACAUGGUCUAUGCCACCUUGGUGCGCCACGCCGAUGAGCAGGCGCUGGACGGGCCCUUUCGGCAGUUUGGGACGCCUGACGAGGGCCUCUGCGGCGCGACGGGCGAAGGGAGUGGCUCCGGUUUCGUCCGGCCGAUCCAGAAGGGUCCGACCACGGGGGGAUGGAAAGGAAAUUAA